AUGGAGUCAUCGCGAAGUAGCGUCGUUCUUGAUGUGCAAAGAUUUGUUCACACGCCCGUUCUUGCUUUGAAAAUCCAGGAGGAGUGCCCCACGGCCUCCCGAUCCACUUCGCCCGAGCCAGGCUCCCCACGGAUGGAAGUUUGCCGGGUCAGCUCGGCCAAACGCCUAGGUGAUGAUGUUGUGCAUCUUGAGGAGCGCACAGCAAACACCCAGAGCGGUGUGGAGGCCUUUCCGGACUUCCCCCAGGAGUUCGAUCCCCUGGCCGGUAGCCGCAGUCGCACCAGCCGCCACGGCAGCGAGAGGAGCAGGGUCGAGCUGGAUGAUAUCUUCAGCGCCUUCAAGACGUCGGAAGAGUUGCAGAUGCUCGACAGGCAGCCGCUGUAUGUCGAGAAGCUGCCAGCUGCCGACAUCCAGAACAGCUUGGAUCAGAUCUUCCCCAUGCCGCCCAAGGAUGACCCCGACACAAAGAAGCAGGUGCCGGCGCACCUCAUCGCGGAGCUUCCGCAGGCCUUCUCCUUACAGCCCCUGACAGAAGACUGCAACUUGGAUGCCCCAUCCAUCCCAUGUUCCUUGGAGAAGGCGGCGGCGAGGCCGCGCCACCUGGAGGCCACGUUGCCCCGCCACCUGGAGGCCGCGCUGCCGCGCCACCUGGAGGCUGCGUUGCCCGCGGAGGCUGCACAGGGCUCACACAGGAGGGGCCGCAGCUUGGAUGCUUCCAUACCGGCUGGCCCCGUGGUGCACUCGAACGAUCCUCCUGGCUGCGUUGCCCAGCCCCAUGGUACGCUCUUUGAAGGUCCUCCGUGCGAGCAGGAUCGUCUUUCGGCGGCAAGACGGGGCCGCAGCACGGAUGACUCGUCGCGCGAUGUGAGGCAGCGGUCCUGGCAUGUUGACUGUCAGCCGCAGCCAGUUCCACAGGAUCUUCUGCAGCUGCAGCCCAUGCGGGACAUUCCGCUGGUCCAGCAGGUGCAGGAGCUUCAGCUGCAACCACUGCAGACCAUCCCGCCUGCUGCCCCACAGCCGGAAGUGCAGGCCAAGAGCGACGUCGCCUACCAACGCUUCAUGCGGGACGGGGACAACUUGCUUGCCUGGGACAUGCCUGGGCAGGCUUAUCUCAAGUACUGCGAGGCCAACAGCCAACACGAUGGCCUAUGUGGUCACAACUCAGGUGAUGCCUAUCGAGGGAUGGCCCGGAGCCUUUCCGCGGGGGCAGGCUUUCCAGGCCUCGUCUCCGGCCUGCCAAACACCGCAGAGGAGCGCCUGGACCUGGGCAUGAACAUGUUGGAGUUGGCGGUGCAAGCAGGCUCCACCAAGCUUGGCGAUGCACGCAGCGACCCCAAGCUGGAGAAUCUGCGGAAGCUACGAUCGGCGCGCUUCAUGGCCUUAAUGGAGCAGGUCCCGGCGACGGGUUUGGAUGCCUUGGCGGUGGCAGCGUCUGCCGGCGUUGCGGCGAUGGCAGCGGCCGCAGGCAUCCAGCCUGUUGCGCUAGUGCCGGUGCCGUCCGUGCCCAUGGUGCCUUAUGCGCCGGAGCCGGCGCCCACAACCGUCUUCCUGGAUCCUUCUCAGGCUGCAAGCCUCGUCGAGGUGCCCCGGCCAGCGGGAGAGCUCGCUGCCAUCCGAGAGGUCCAGCCGGCCCAGCCGGUCCAGGCGGUCCAGGCGGUCCAGCCGGUGCAGCCGGUCCAGCAGCCACAGGAGGAGUCGCAGGACGAGGAGGACGAGGAUGACGAGGAUGAAGAGGAGGAAGACGAGGAAGCCGAUGGUGACGGGGAGGAUGAGGACGAGGGUGACGGCGAGGAAGACUCAGACGAGGAAGGCGAGAAGGUGGAGGAAGCUGACAGCGAGGAUGAGGCCUCCGACUCGGACGCCUCGGCCAAUGACGAGGGCGCCGCCUCCGAGAGUGACGCGGAGGGCCCCGGCUGGGCCGAGUCGCUGCGGAACCUCUUCGGCUGGUAG